AUGAAAAGCGCUUCACCUAUUAUCGCAGAAUUAUGGGCUAAAGAGCCACAACUAGUGAAAAACGAAUAUAAGCAAAAGGAAAUCGCUUCACCUAUUAUCGCAGAAUUAUGGGCUAAAGAGUCACAACUACAUCAUUCACGAAACACCGCAAAUACUUCGAAUAUAACUAUGCCUAAUUAUGCGGCCAAUAAUAUUAAUGUGGCUACCAGAAAUUUUAUUUCUGUUGGAUCAUCUACUCCAGACUAUUCAAUGAUGUCUCUUGGAUACGACUGCGACCACGCCGAAAGUAAUACGAACAUGUUUUCUUCCACUGGCCUGUCAUCCCUUGACUUCAAUUUUGACUAUCCAGUUUUGAUUAAUGUUCAUAUCAGCUCUCUUAAACUCGAGGAUGGAGUGAAUCAAAACGACUUUUUCUUUUAG